GUGAUUGGCAGGACCAGCAUCACUAACCCAGCUCCCUCCCCCCUGAAUGUGGGUCUGAACUGGAUCCCAACUGCCCCCCAUUUCUAUAGACAGGCAGACCCAGCCCCCCAGCUCCAAACACUCCUGGAGUUUUGUAGACGCUCAGAGCCAACCGAACUUUGCAGCUAGUGAAACCCCAGCUCUGGGGAGGCCCCUUCCCCACCCCAGCUGCCCUCCGCUCCCCCCGCCCCGUUCCUCCCACCCGGCAGAGUCCCCGCUCUUUGCUGGAGCCUGGACAUUUGUUAGCAAUUAGGGCUGGCGGGAGGGAGCGGGGAGCAGCCUGUCUUCUCCAGCACAUACUUUGUGUGUUGUAUUCCGGCGGGCGGGCGAGCUCGGGCGGAGAGAACUCCGAGGCCGGCUCGCCCCAGGCCGCGGCCAUGGGAGGAGUGGAGGCUGCCGGGGGAGACCCGCUGCUCGGGGUGGUUUUGAAAUAGCGAGGAAGUUGAUCUGGGCUCCCGACCAAGGAGCGAGAGGGAGAGAGGAAAGGGGGAGCCGGGAGGAGCCAGGAUCAUGCACUCGGCUUGUUGAAGCCCAGCAGGCCAGACGGGGAUGCCUGCGAGGAGAGGCGACCCCGGUGCAGAGCGCUAAGGGGGGAAGUGUUGGCACGGAGGGGGCUGUGGGGCCUUUCCCAUCCAGGGGCUGACCAGCCUCCCUUCCCGUGUGUUCCUCGCCCCAGAACCCGCUUGCUUGGACCCCUGUGAGAGGACCAUGAAAGAAGACCUCAUUGGAGAGGACGACGACAUGCCAUCCUUCCGAUACAGACCAGACGGCAGGACACGGACCAACUGCAGCCGGUGCCAGAAGAAUCUGUCGCUCCAGACCUCCGUCAAAGGGCUGUACGUCUUCUGUGUCUUGCUGAUCAUCGCCGUGAUGGUGCUGGCGUCCCUGGGGCCAGGAGGAGAACCCAGGUCUCCAGUGUCCUGUGCACUAGAGCAGCCCCUGUCCAAACCAAGCCAGCGUCCAACCCCCUCUCCAUCCCCUGAUUCUCAGCGCAGAGCUCGUGGUCCGAGACCCCGCCAGCAUCCCGACAGGGCACCGCUCACCAGUGAGCCUGGCAUCUCGAUCCUCUUGUGGCUGCUUCAGUGGGAAAGCAGCGCGGCUCCCUUGACCUGCAGCCCACCGGGGAGCAGAGAUCCCGGAGAGCACGGCCUGAAGAAAUCCCCAAGUCGCAGGGUGGGUUCCCGCCUCUCGCGACGAGCGAAGACCACCCACAGUCCCUCAGAGCCGUGGGCCAGCAGCAGCCUUGCCCGGGGAAUCUCUUGUUUGGCCUGCGUGCCAGUUAAGCUCAGUCAUUGGCAUAGUGGUUUCCUUUGGGCUUUUUUUGCAGUGUUUUAUUUUGGGCAGAGAGAGCUGCCAGAUCCCACAGCCCUGGGUAUCGGAGGAGCCUCUGCCUAAGCCCCGCUCUCUCUCCAGCCCUGAGGAGCUAAGCGUGGGUGGCCUGGAACAGCCCGCUCCUCCUCCCUGCUCUCCGGAAGGUCCUACACAGAGCACGUGUCACACCCCGGGCUUCUUCUCCCCAGCUAGGAUGGGCCACCAGAGCACAGGUCUUCUCCAUGGGCCCCUGCCAUCUGGCUGGCCCUCUGCACCAGGGGAGUAGAGACUUGCCAGGCUGGCCCUGCAACACCAACCGGCUACAACGCUGACAUGGUGAUGCAACCUUGCCAUGCUGUGCGACGGCUGCCCGCGGAGACCAGCCGGCUGGACCUCACCCAGCUGCUGUCUGCGCCGACACAGACACGCCCAAGGCACAGUGCCAUUAAAUAGGGCCUCACCCGGCACUGGGGCAAAGGGGCUUUCCCAUCUCUGGGCAUCCCCGAGCAGGGGCCUGGCACAUUCCUUGGGCUCCAAGAAGCUAGCAGGGGGAGGGGCAAAGAGAGGAUAAAUCCAUUAACGAUUGUGAGGAGCCCAGAUACUGCGGUGAUGGGGACCCUGCGAGAGAUUAGAGAGAACAAACAAGUUGUUUCAUCACAGACGGAGAGAUGGGGCCAGACCAAGAGCGGGAUCCAAACUCACCCCCUUCGCAGUAGAGCUCCGUGCGGGUGGAAGCUGGGAACUCAGGCCUGGCCGGGCCCAUCUGGGUCAUCGAGUCUGGGUCCCUGGUCUCCUGGGCGUCCCCAGUCUGGAAUCCCAUUUGUACACUUGACAAGCUCCGUCUUCAGCCCAGCGAGGUUGUUAAUCCCGUGUCUCUGCAAUGGGUCAAAGCAGAACCUAGCACCCUCAGCCGGGGGGGCGCCAAAGCCCAGAUCUGAACCUGAACACGCCCAGUGUCGGGACUGACUUAACGCGCUUGAGCCAGCACUUCAGGCUGGGACCUCCGAUCCAAACCCAGAACCUCUCCUGACCCCGUCUGCCCAUCAGCGCCCGUCCCUUCUCCCCUGGCCUGCCGAGCCCUGGGGCAGCAGCUCAACGAACGCCCCAGCGUAGGUGACCUUUCCCCGAUCCGUAACCUUUCCCUUUCCCAACUCCUGAAGAAGGGCUGGCUUCCCUUGGCGGGUCUGAUUCCAGCCCGCUCUGGGCUCCUUGCCCAUCCCACACUCCAGAGCGGCAGGAGGCCUUUGGCUGCCGCUCCCAUUUGUCAGCCCAUGAAAAUGGCCUCCAUAAUCAGGUUUGGACGGGAAGAGGCCCACCGCAGAGCAGGGAUACGGGAGAAGCUCUUGGCAGAGGGAGGUGAUGCAGGCGACAGCGUUUCUGGCUCGCUGGGCAAGGGUUGGAAACGCCAGGUGGUCCUUUGUAUGAAUAGCGGGAGUGGGCCAGACCCCCAGCUGGUGCAAAGUGGCCGCCACACAGCUCCCCCCGGCUGAGUGUGCAACCCCGGUCGAAUCCCGCCCACCCGAAGGAUUCGAGCCAACUGUUUCCAAUGCUGGCUCCGCUUUCUCCACCCCUUCCUAUGCUCCAGCGAUGCCUGGCCACUCCAGCGCCUUGGAAGGUUUCCCACGUGCUCAGCGCCCAUUAAAAAUGGACAUUCCCUGCUCAUGUUCAUCGCUUGUAAAUUACAUCUGGGAGGAAAUCAAUAGAGGGAGAUGGAUGGGGACCCGCCGCCGCCCCUACUGGAAAGUUUAAGCAGCACCCAACGUGGGAAUGGCUCUUGCCCCGGGGGCCAAUAUUCACCUCCCACCCUGCUCUCUCUUACCAGGGACGUGGUCUGGAUCAGGUCUGUGCUGAGCUGCGCAGACCCCGGUG